UUUUUUGGGGGGCGGGGGGGGUCGAGUUUCUAUUUGACUUCUCGAGGGCGAGGCAAUGACGGAAGGGUUUGUUUGGGCGACGAAGCACCAACUCUGUGGCAGCGCAAUGGACUCCGUUUAGCAGCCGCUCCCAGCCGCUCUCUCGCUCAGCCACCGCAACCACCGAGGCUCGGCACGGCUCGGCUCGGCUCGGCCCGGCUCGGCGGAGACUGAAGUUGGCGCAUGGAGAGCGACGAACUUUCACUUCUGCGCAACGCGUUUUCUCCGGCCGCGUCGACAAAAGGAAAGUAACCCCGGGACGGGUGUUUUUUCUCCCCCUCCACCUCCUCCACCCACCCCCACCCAGUUUUCUUUCUUUCUUUUUUUCCCCCCAUUGCUCGCCGUCGGUGGCGAUUGAAGUUGCGAGGAGGGGGGAGAGGGGGGGGACGCAAAAAGAAAGCGGACAACUUGAGGACGCAACACGUCGGGGAGAUGGUGGACAGCAAGCCGCUUCUCCGGGACAGACCCCCCGCCUACAACGCCGUCCCGGGCACGUACGAGUACGGCCCGCCGCAGCAGCACCACCCGCCGCAACAGCACCCGCACCCGCCGCAGCAGCAGCCCCACGGCUAUGGAGCGAUACCGGCGCCGGCCACGGCCACCCCCGCCUUCCAGCAGCCACCCCCUCCGUACCAGUACCCCGGCAGCCAGGCGUGCCCCCCGGCCCCGAUGGCUCCGGCUGUUUCCCAGCAGCCCUACGGUGGGACCUACACCAUCAUCCAGCCCUCUGUAGUGGUGGUGGGGGGCUGCCCUGCCUGCAGGGUGGGUGUCCUGGAGGAUGACUUCACCUGCCUGGGGAUCCUGUGUGCCAUCUUCUUCUUUCCUCUGGGCAUCCUCUUCUGUUUCGCACUGCGCCAGAGGCGGUGUCCCAACUGUGGCGCCACGUUCGGCUAGAGGGACCAGACCAGAGCCGGGCCGUUCACAUUCUUCACACACGACUUCUCCACACACACACACACACACAUCUGCAACAUUUUGUUUUGGUUAUUUUCUUUUAACUUCUUCUUCUGUCUUAAUUGCACACUGAUAUUAUUGUUGCCAUGACGCUGAUGUUCUGCAGACCAUCAAGGAGACGAGUACAGCCAGCCUUGAUUUGUGUUCUUUUAGAUGCAUGUGGAAUAAGUGUUUAUUUUUGUUCAUUGUCGUAUGUCAGAUACACACAACUCGCUGAGUGACCGUCCGGCUCCUGUCGGUGCCGUUCACGGCCUGCGAGCCGGGAGAUGAUGAGGGGUCCUCCCGUCACGACGUCUUUAGCUCGGUGGUGACGUACCGGGCAGGACUUCUCUCUCCUGUCGUGUCAGAGAACACCGAGGCACCGGUAGAUGUUGUGCCAAACGGUUUUUUUUCUUCUUCUGUUCUUUUUCUCUUUAUCGCCACAGCUAUAUUUUUGCUACCGCACAGGAUUGUCUGUGGUGUUUCGUGUAAAACACAUUUUUGAUCAUCUUUGUGUUUGGUGACGUUGCAUCACGGCGUCCUCAUUAUCGACUCCCAACACCGCUGUUUUUUUUUCUUUUUCUUCUUUACGUUAAGAAAAACAAAAUAUUUUGUUCUUUAUUGGUUCAGUUUGUCACAUGGAAUAACCUCAACAGCCAGGCGAAAGAGGAUCAUGGGAGAUUUUUUUGGACGCAGGGUGUUCCUGGCAGAGACGGCGAACUUUCUGUCACACGACUUCUGUGCCGUUGUCGCCUGUUAUGAGAGUAUAUCUUGGGGCCAUAUUUGCACUGACCACGUAUUUUGAUUGACAUGAUCCCGCUCAGUUCCCCUGGGGCCGCUGCAGACCUCAGGUAUGUUCAAGUCUGACACGCCCCCUACAGCCUCAAUCACUUCUCCAGUCUGGACUCCUGACCGAAGGUGCGGGCUCCCGGCGCCGCCGCGUGCGUGGAAGUGGGGACUUCCACCAUGCGAUGUGUAAAAUGUAUGUUUGUUUCUCUGGUCCGUGACGACUGAACCUGUCCCAUUCCUCCUGGACACAGACAAUCACUCAAGAAUGUCCAUGCCCGUCUGCGGCGUCUUCAUGUCUUCCAUCGAAGCAGAUGUGUGACGUUUCUCUCGGUGCCAGAAAUGAUUUAAAAAAAAAAUUCUUUUUUUUUUGCUUUAGAGAUACAUUACACAAGCUGUUACGAUUAAGGUUCUUACUUUUUAUAAAAGAAUUAUUGUAAAUAAAGAAUGCUAAUUAUAACGCGAUUUUUGGCUGCUUUAUUAA